UCACGGAGGGCCGGGGUGCCGCCAUGACACGUGAGGCGGAUGCUGCUGCCGCCUCGGCUGUCGGCUCAGAGUCGGCGCCGCGCGUGGCUCUGGAGCGGAGGCGGCUCCUUCGCAGGGCCCGGGCUUGGUGGGCCUGUCUCUCUGAGGGCGUGAGCAUGGCGGCGCAGCCCUCCCUUCAUCCAGGGAGCUGCCCUCGGUCGGCCGCGCGGCGCCGGGCGGAGAAGCGUCGCCAGGGGAAGGGGAAGGAGGCAGCGGAGGAGGAAGAGGAGGCGGGCGAGGCGCGCCACGUCCCUCCGCCAAAGAAGCGCAACCCGGGCGUCAGCUUCAACGAGGCCCACUUCGCCGAGACCAGCUACUACUUCGAGGGCGGCCUCCGGAAGGUGCGGCCUUACUUCUUCGACUUCCAGACCUACUGCAAGGGCCGCUGGGUGGGCCGCAGCCUCCUCCAGGUCUUCGGCGCCGAGUUCCGCGCCCAGCCCCUCGAGGCCUACCGGGCCGCCGCCGAAGCAGGCCGCCUCCGCCUCAACGAGCGGCCCGUCAAGGACCUCGGCCUCCGCCUCAAGAAUAACGACUUUCUGCGGAACACAAUACAUCGCCACGAACCACCAGUAACAGCACAGCCGAUUGAGAUUAUAGAAGAAAAUGAUGAGGUGGUGGUGGUUGACAAGCCUUCCUCUUUACCAGUCCAUCCGUGUGGAAGAUUUCGACAUAAUACUGUCAUUUUCAUACUGGGAAAAGAACAUAACUUGAAGGAGCUGCACACUAUUCAUCGGCUUGAUCGCUUAACAUCGGGCGUCCUAAUGUUUGCAAAGUCUGUUGAAGUAUCCAAGAGGAUCGAUGAGCAAGUUCGACAGCGACAGCUGGAGAAGGAGUAUGUAUGUCGUGUGCUUGGAGAGUUUCCAGAAAAUGAGGUGAUUUGCGAAGAACCCAUCCUGGUUGUGUCAUACAAAGUGGGAGUGUGUCGGGUGGACCCCAAGGGUAAGCCAUGCAAAACGGUCUUCCGGAGGCUCAGUUACAACGGUGAGACCAGCGUGGUGAAGUGUUUUCCGCACACCGGCCGCACUCAUCAGAUCCGUGUCCACCUGCAGUUUUUGGGACACCCCAUUGCCAAUGACCCUAUCUACAACACAAAUGCCUGGGGUCCUGAAAAAGGCAAAGGUGGAGUUGUUAACAAAACAGACGAGGAAUUGCUUCAGUCUUUGGUGGAGGAGCACCUCUCUAAACAGAGUCUGGGUAUCUUGGAUGUUACUGAGGAUGAUCUAAAACCUAUCAUUGGAGAUAAAGGGAAGGAAACUCCAGGGAAGUAUACUAUGCCUGUGGAGGUCAUCCAUAAAAAAAAUCCUGAUCAGACUGAAGAAUCAAAGGACGAAAGUCAGAGUGGAAUAUUGACUUGUUCUCAGAAUUGUGUCUCUGAAGCACCAAUGUGCCAGUCAGAGAAUGGAGAAACGUGUUUGGAUGAGCACCGGACUGAAACGGACCCUUUGUGUGAAGAAUGCAAGAUAGUAAGGCCUGACCCUUCACCCAAAGAGCUGGUGAUGUAUCUUCAUGCCUUGCGCUACAAAGGAGCAGACUUUGACUACUGCUCCAAGAUGCCCGCAUGGGCACAGGAUAAUUGGGAAGAGACCUGAGAUUUUCAAAAUGUUUUUAAUGUAUGUCCGAGAGUUUGACGGAUUUUCCACAUCUGUUGCUUUUCUCACCCAUUGAACAUGAAUGGAUAAAGUUCCUUUAUGUGGGAAGCCAUUGAGAAGAAGGAAUGCCUAAUGUCCUAAGGCAGCUCUUCCAAGGAACAGUUGUGAUAUUUUGUCUCUGUUUUAUUACAGAGAAGAAUUUAGAUAUACAGUAAUUAUCAGAAGAUGUCUUACCCUAAAAAUUUUCUCAGAUGUCUUGUUUAUAAAGUACCUAAAAGGUACUUAGCAUUGUGUAGAGAUUAAAAACAUGCCCUUCCAUACAGGCUUUCAAUUGAA